GUCCCAGUGACAGCACUGGCCUUUAGUAAGGACCACCUAUUUGCAGGAGAAGGUCCGAUCCUGAAAAUCUACAGCCGUCGCCAUGACCAAUUGAUUGAAUCGAUUGUUGUCUUCUCUUCGCAGGCCAUUCACGGAAUUGCCAUUCACUCCAAUGGUAUCAUCGUCUGGGGUGGUCGUUUGGUCACACUAUACGCCUUCAAUCCGGCUGACUCCUCCAUUCUGAUCCGCUCCUCUUCUUUCGAAGCACCCGACUGGAUCCUUGACAUAUCUGUCUCUCCUGAGAUAUCUGGACAGAAUCGACAGGCUGCUUUGAUCACCGCCCACAAUGCUCUCCUUCUCUUAGAGCUGGUUUCAAAAGCUGGAUUAAAGGAGUUGACUUCAAACUCAAAGUGCAUCCUCUACUCAGCUUACAUCCAUUGGAUCGGCACAGAUCGAAUUCUUGUUUCGUCAGGCACAGUUUUUGGCGAUAUCAUUGUGUGGUCCUGCUUGCUGCACAAGGACAGUGUGCCUUCCUCAAUACUCCAUCAUGUGCUUGUAGGCCACGAAGGAUCUAUCUUUGGCGUCCAGAUUUUCGAGAAUACAUCAAAUGAGAACGAGGACAAACCCUCUCGAUUGCUCGCCAGUUGUAGUGACGAUCGCACCAUCCGCAUCUGGGACAUCUCAUCCCUGCCUGAUACUGCUACCAACCCACAAGCAGCCGCAGACUUGACCUCGGCUCGGGAGACUGGUUUUGGUGCCAAUGUCGCUGAUGUGCUGCCAGAUGACACAUCUGGUGGAAGUUGUAUUGCCAAAGGCUGGGGUCAUGCGUCUAGGAUCUGGGGUGUGAAGUUCAUUCCGUCCCAGGAUUCAGAGCUGCUCUCGUAUGUCGUGUCGUUCGGCGAAGAUGCAACUCACCAAUUUUGGAGUCUUAGUGAGACCAGUCCUGAUCGGUUUGCCUUGACACACCUUGGGGGCUCUUGUUUGCAUUCAGGUAAAAAUAUAUGGUCGUGGGCAAUAUCUCAUGACACAUCAGCCGAAGUUGUUAUUGCCAGUGGUGGUGCAGACGGUGGCAUUGCUCUUGAACCUAAGUUGACCCCAUUCACUAGCGAACUGGAUCAUACUCAAACUUGGUCGAUACAAGAUCUGGGGUUGGCAUGUCCAAAGAGCGUACAGACAGGACGCCAAGACAAGUUAAGAAGUUAUGCGUUCCUGGACAAGAUCAAUCUGCUAGUCACUACCGACGCUGGAAACAUUCUGCUUUUGACAGAAGAUGAACAAGGCCAUGCUCGAACAGAGUGGAUUCGAAAAGAAGACAAGCUUCGUGGAUAUUCGAUCGUCACCAGCAUACCAAAUUUGUCUAUUGCCUUNUUGGCAGGUAUGGAUGGUUCAGUAAUGCUAUACGAAGGAAAAGAGGUAAAAGAGUUGCUCAAAUCAACGCGAAAAACGGCAGCAUUGUUCGCUCAACAGUUGGCUUCCUCAGAAGGUGCUUGCCAGCAGAUCGGUCUUCUGACCGCCAACGUCGAUGCUAAGACAGCUCUCUUUACAUGUUUUGGCCUGAGCGCUGCCACAGGGGAUACGCGGACAGUCGAAAACUUGUUCACAUGGAGACUGGUGUUACCUAAAGGCUUUGUUAUCACUAGCUUCGUUGCCGUCAAUCGCGGCCAGGAAGAAGGUUGGAUGCUCGUCUUGGGCUCACGCAACGGGUCGAUUGCGGUAUACCAGGUGCACGACAAGCCGAAAGCUGAUGAAGAUUUGGUACAUCAGUAUCUGCUCGUCCAAGCUCAUGGCCUUGAAGCCGUAACCGAUCUUACUUGGUAUGCUGGACAAAAUUUAGACGAAAUCAGCGGGCACAUCUUUUCGGUAGGCAGAGACGGGACCUACGCCAUACACCACCUCUCGAACUCGGAUUCAGGAAUCGAUCUCAGAUUGAUUAGCCAAACGACUCUUCCUCUAGGCACGAACAUAGAGGGCGUUCACAUUGACGAGGACACACAACAUGUUAUAGUCUGGGGUUUCCAUAGUCGUCAGUUCAUUGUGUUUGAUGCAACUGAAGAGGUCGAAGUAUUGAACAUCGACUGCGGCGGAGCCAAUAGAGUCUGGAAGUUUGUUCCUGAAGGAUUACGAGGUGGACACUUCGUCUGGACAAAGGCUUCUCAACUUUGCCUUUUCUCCCAAACACAAAACUCCACAAAAGUCCUGGACAAAGGUAAUCAUGGGCGCGAGAUCAAAGCCCUUGCUGUCUCUCCCAGUAGCCCGACGAAGUCCGGUAUUCUGUUCGCAACUGGUUCUGAAGACACGGAUAUCAAGCUUUUGACUUAUCGAGUUGAGGACAAGCUGCCCCACUUCCGCUGUCUGAAGACGCUAAGGAAGCACAACACCGGUAUCCGGCAGCUGGAAUGGUCAUCCGACGGACACUACCUCUUCAGUAGCGCUGGUUUCGAGGAAUUUUUGGUGUGGAGAGUAGAUUCGGCACCUUUGGUCGAGCUGGGAGUGGUCUGCGAAUCCGUAUGUCCUACCGAGAGCGAAUUACCUGAUCUUAGAAUCAUGAGUUUCUCGUGUAGAGAGGAUGCCGGCAACUUUAUCAUCACCAUGGUCCGUUCGGACUCCACUCUGCGGGUUGGAAAUUACCUGACAUCUUGUUUGACACAAUGUCUCCAUAUCGAGACGCUAACCCAGGCACCAUCGCUGAUCACGGCGGGUACUGAUGGUUAUGUCGCUUUCUUCCCUCUCCAGACUGAAUUGUUGGCCACCACGGCCGAACCAAGUGGGUUGAAGUGGACUCAUCGUGCAAAAAUCCAUCAAAACACAAUACACGCCUUGAAGCUGCGUUGGUUAGACAACAAGACUUGUCUUCUUCUUACUGGAGGUGACGACAAUGCAAUCGCUUUUACUGUCUGUGCCUGGAGUGCGGCAGAAAGGACACCACAGGUCAAUACAGUUGUCGUGCCGCGUGCGCACACGGCUGCCGUUACUGGUGUUGAGAUCCUGGCCACGUCUACAUCCAAUCUACUCACGGUUGCGACCACCAGCAUCGAUCAACGAGUCAAGAUCUGGGAGGUAUGCCACGACUCGUCAUUGCCAGGGGUUGAGGGUCUUACUGUAAAGAGGAAAGGGAACUACUUUACUGCUGUUGCAGAUGUCUCAGGCCUUGCUGCUUUGAACGACUCCUCAGUCAUUGUCUGCGGAGUGGGCUUAGAUGUCUGGAGCCAUAACCUGCCCGUGUGCUGA